UUGUAUAAUAAUUAUAUUGUUUAGACUGAGAAUAGUAUGUAACACUGCAGAAACAUCUGCAACUGCUUUAAAUUGUAUCUCAACUACAGUAUCUCUUUUAAUAGAAAUCUGCUCAAAGUACGACAUCGGCAAUAAACUAGGGGAAGGAGGAUUUGGUGCCGUUUAUGCCGGAGUUCGGUUCACGGACAACCUUCCGGUUGCUCUGAAACUUGCUCGAAAACCGGAAGCCAUGGAAUAUAUCAACAUUCCUGAUUAUCCUAAACCUGUUCCCCUGGAAAUCGGACUGACAGUCCUUGCCAAUAAGGGCCCCAGCACACCCCACAUCAUUAAGUUGGUGGACUGGCAGGACCUCCCCAACCAUUAUAUCAUGGUCCUGCAGCGGCCCUCGCCCUGUGUCAAUCUCUUUGAAUUUUUGCAAAGCUGUGGGGGCAUCUUCAAAGAAGAGAUUGCACGCCAUGUGAUGCGGCAGGUGGUUGAGGCUGCAAACAGCUGCUGCAUCCGAGGUGUUUUCCACAGAGACAUAAAAGAGGAGAACAUAUUAGUGAACACGGACACACUGGACGUGACGCUCAUUGAUUUUGGCUGCGGGGACCUGCUGUAUGAAACGGCUUACCACACCUUUAGUGGCACAUUGCAGUACUGCCCCCCCGAAUAUUUCAAGACGGGCAAGUACUACGGGCGACCAGCAACCGUGUUUUCACUGGGGGUACUUUUGUACUCAAUGGUGUGCGGUUAUUUCCCGGACCAGAGCGAUCAGGACAAGCUCAAGGACUGGCUGUGGUAUCUGCCGAGCUUGACAAAAGAAUGCAGCCAUUUGAUUAAUGCCUGUCUGCAUCCUGAGCCUGAGGAGAGGAUACAUCUUGACAGGCUCCUUCUCCAUGACUGGUUUAAGAUCAGCCCAUAGGUCAUGGAGGCAAGAGCAGCCAGGAAGUGCUCUUCUGUAGUCGGCUUAGCGUCUGGCGGGCCGACACGAGUGGCCUCUCCAUCCCUCCAGUCCUUUGCGUCUUGCGAGGCUGGUGAGCCCUGGUAGCGUCUGGCGCCGGGGCUCAAGGCAGCAGUAUUUGCGUCUUGCGGUAUUGCUGCCUAGGGAUGGAUGUGUAAAUAUUUUUUGAAGUUCGUUUGUUUGCCACUUUUUUUUUUGUUGAUUAUUUUGCUCCCUAUCAUGCACACCCCAGUGUCCAAGGCCUUCCCACUCCAUUUCCAUCUUGCUCCUGCUCCAGUCCCAGUGCUCCCCAGAGGGUCCUGUCAUGGUUCACCAGGUCCUAGAGCUCACAGACACCCCACAGGGUCCCAGAGCUUCUUGUCAUGGCGACUCCAGUCGGUCAGUUGACAGGAUCUUAGAGGUCCCUGGAUGCUCCAGAGGUACCUGUUGCUGCUGCCCCGCUCCCUCCACAGAAAUCCAGAGAUGUUCCACAGACCUCACGCUCACUGCUGCCACAGAGGCUUCAUGGACGACAGGGAAUUUGGGUUUCUGUCGUGACCCAGAGCUGCUCAGUUCCAGAGCAGUAGCAGAGCUGUUUGUCAUAGAUGCCCAGAGAUUCCUGCUCCAGUUCCUGCCCCAGAAUGACUAUAAGAACUCCAGAAGGAAACAUCACCACACAUUCAAAAAUAAAUUGUGGCAUUAAA